CUUAGCAAUGAUUGACAUUGGAUGGAAGAGCUCUAUCGCGACAUUCUCUCUUUCGGUUGCCUUCGCGUUUUUCGGCAUUUCACGACGUAUUUGAGGGGCCGGGAGGAGCUGUUGAUCACGAUUCGGAGCGAGGAAUCGAUCAGUAGUGGAAGAAAUUUUUGCUUGGAGAAUCGCUCCUCUAAAUCGGCUUUGCCUCCAGCAAGUCCGUCAAGCUCCGAGACAAAGAAAGUGAAGUCGAAUGAAACGUUGUUCUUGCUGGGAGCUUAUGGCCGAUAUGCGUGGCCAUAUAUUUGGCUGAGGUCUGAUACGGAAGGGUGUAACCACGAGUUUAACAAGGACAGGCCAGUUGAUCUUCAGACUAUACGAGACUGGAAAAUAAAGGGUAGGAAAGUCUGGGACAUAGUUGAGGAGCUUAUAUCUCUCAAAGCACCGGGAGUGGUCAAUCCCUUUGAGGUGGAUUUUGCUGCAUUGAACAAGUUGCAACCUUUGGAAAGAGCGACUAUGGCAGGCGCGACUGCUGCAUUUCUACAGAAGUUGCUGCUCGAGAGAGAGCAAGACUACACACAACAUGUCAUGGACGAUCUCAAGAGGCUCCUUGUUUGUCAUUUUCAGCAUAUGGCCUCGUUGUUACCCGGAACAUAGCACCAGUCGUACUCGUUGUUAGUUUAUGCUUCCUCCUGUAAUACAUCUUGAUACUUUUAAAAACUCCUAGGUCUUCGGGAAA